GGUGAAGCAGCCGCGCCCCCAGCCCUCCCGGGCGGGAUAGCGGGCCGCGCUCCUCAGGAGCCCGGCGACGGUCAAGGGGCAGCCGCGUCUGGCGGGCGCAGGAGGUGCUGCCGGCUGCGGGCUGCCGGGGCUCCAUGCUCCUCCUCCAGCCGGUCCCCCGCCCUCCACCCAUCCUGGGCUCGGCUCUGCAAAUCGAAGACUUCCCGGAGCAGCCUCCGAGCCGCGGCGGGCGCAGCGCAGGCCGCCUUCGGGCAGCCGCGGCGGCGUCGCUCGAGCAGCCCGGGGGGCGCCGCAGAGCCCGGCGCGCCCUACUCGGCUAGGAGAGGACGGACGCCGGGGCCGCAGCUGGGCAAGGGGAGGAAAGUGCGUGUGUGAGAAAGAAAGAGUGUGGGGGGCGACGGUCUGGAAUUAGGGCGGAGGAGAGGGCAGCGGAACGGGGUGCAGCCCCAAGGGCGGCCUCCGCCUGUCCUUGAGGUUUUCCCGCGGCGGCUCCCGCUCCCCAGCGCCCCUCACCAUGGACUUGCGCGGAGUUGGGACCCGCCUCGGCAGCAGCGAGCGGGUGGCUGCCCGGCCCCGGGGGUGCGCGGGCGCGCGCGCGGGGAUGGCGAGGUAGGAUGGCCGCCCAGCGCGACCCCCGCCGCCCCAACCCAGCGGCCCCUGGGCGGUGCCGCUGAGUCGCCCGAGCGCACAGGGGUGUGGGCGGAGGCAGCCCCGCGCCCGCGCCUUCGGGAGUCGCUUUGCCUCUUCCACCCACUCACACCUGCUACCGCGCGGAUACCAUGUCGAAGGCGGCCGGAGGCGCAGCGGCGGCGGCGGAAAGUUGUCCCCCAGCCCCGGCUGGGUCGUCCGCGGCCGCCGCCGUGGAGGACCUGUCCAAAGUGUCUGACGAGGAGCUGCUGCAGUGGAGCAAGGAGGAGCUGAUCCGCUGCCUGCGGCGCGCCGAGGCCGAGAAGGUGAGCGCGAUGCUGGACCACAGCAACCUCAUCCGCGAGGUGAACCGCCGCCUGCAGCUGCACCUGGGCGAGAUCCGCGGGCUCAAGGAUAUCAACCAGAAACUCCAGGAGGACAACCAGGAACUGAGGGACCUCUGCUGUUUCCUGGAUGAUGACCGGCAGAAAGGCAAAAGGGUGUCCCGGGAGUGGCAGAGACUGGGUCGCUACACGGCCGGGGUGAUGCACAAGGAAGUGGCCUUAUACCUGCAGAAGCUCAAGGAGCUGGAGGUGAAGCAGGAGGAGGUGGUGAAGGAGAACAUGGAGCUCAAGGAGCUGUGUGUGCUGCUGGAUGAGGAGAAGGGCACGGGCUGUGCGGGCAGCCGCUGCUCCAUCGACAGCCAGGCCAGCCUGUGCCAGCUUGCUGCCUCCACCGCGCCCUAUGUGCGGGAUGUGGGUGACGGCAGCAGCACCUCCAGCACCGGCAGCACGGACAGCCCCGACCACCACAAGCACCACGUGAGCGGUGGCAGCCCCGAACACCUGCAGAAGCCCCGGAGCGAGGGCAGCCCGGAGCACUCCAAGCACAGGAGUGCCAGCCCGGAGCAUCUCCAGAAACCCAGGGCCUCUGGGACCCCAGAUCACCCAAAAGCACUCAAAGGACCCAGUCCAGAGCACCACAAACCCUUGUGCAAGGGCAGCCCUGAACAGCAAAGGCACCCGCACCCAGGGAGCAGCCCAGAAACGCUGCCCAAGCACGUGCUGAGUGGGAGCCCUGAGCACUUCCAGAAGCACCGGCCAGGGGGCAGCCCUGAACACGCCAGGCACAGUGGAGGGAGCCCGGAGCAUCUUCAGAAACAUGCCCUCGGUGGGAGCCUGGAGCAUCUCCCGAGAGCCAGGGGGACCAGCCCCGAGCACCUCAAACAGCAUUAUGGAGGUAGCCCUGACCACAAACACGGAGGCGGCGGCGGCGGAGGCAGCAGUGCAGGAGGUGGCGGUGGAGGCGGCGGCGGCAGCGGUGGAGGCAGCAGGGAGGGUACCCUUAGACGGCAGGCGCAAGAGGACGCGUCACCCCAUCACCGGAAUGUCUACAGUGGCAUAAACGAAUCAACCUUGUCCUAUGUUAGGCAGCUGGAGGCAAGAGUAAGACAGCUGGAGGAAGAAAAUCGCAUGCUGCCCCAGGCUACCCAGAAUAGAAGGCAACCUCCAACUAGAAACAGCUCAAAUAUGGAGAAAGGCUGGGGGCCCAGAGCCCAGCGGGUGUUGCAGUGGUGGCAAGGGUGCCGAGGAAUAGGACGAUGCCUGCCCACUCUCCCGGGUUCUUUUAGGUUGUCAUCAGGGGCUGAUGGGAGUAACAGUUCACCCAACUCUCCAGCUAGCUUCAGUGGACAUACCACACCUUCCCAGCAGCCUGAACCUGUGGUACAUUCUCUUAAGGUCUUGGAUGUUCAGGAAACUAUAGAUCGUCAACAGGGUAAAGAGUAUGAACAUGACCUUAGUGAGACAGAAAAAGCUAUAGUCAGAGAAAUGUGCAAUGUUGUGUGGAAGAAACUUGGAGAUGCUGCAGGUUCAUGUCCUGGAAUUAGGCAACAUUUGUCAGGAAACCAGUACAAAGGACCAAUGUGAGAAUCAUUGUUUUUCAAACAUGAGAUCACCACUGCCAGAAAGAGAUCAAAGGAAAGAAGAAGAAGAAGAAGAAGAAGAAAAGAGUGGGUUUCUGCAAACCUGGACUUAUGGAAUAACAUGGAGUGAUUGUACAUUGCACAUAUCUCCCCUCUAAAACCUUCAGUACAACUUCCCCCCUCAAGCUAAUAUUCUGUGUCUCUCACUUCAAUAUCCACAACAGUCAAUCUCAAACAAGGUAGCUUUGAAAAUCAUCAUUUUGGUACCAAUAUUUUCAUUAGAACUAAACUAUUUUUACUCCCCAGGUAUAAUAUUAUAAUUGGCAAAUCUAUAUAGUUGGAAGAGUCCCGUGGUACUUCAGUGGUUUUGAUAGAGUCAACCCAUAGCAUAUAAUGGUGGGUGUUUUCUACCAUGUUGUAUUGAAGAUAUGAAGAGGUGUUUUCAGGCUUCCCAAUUCUAAGAGUUGGGCUCCUACCUCUUAUACUUCAGUCAACAAAAUACUAGUUCCUGACACAUAAUUAAUUUGGAUGCAAGGUAAGAUUAUACUACUGGGGUUUUGUUUUGACUUUUGAGGUGCUAAAAAUACCACAUAAAUUCCCCCUACCAGCUAGAAACACAGCAAGACUUUCUACAGUGCUUAUCAGAGAGUACCAUUUAUUUCAAUUGAUCAAAAUAAAUAUAUCUUUUUUUUUUUAUCUUGAUGAGUUUCUCAUAAAGAUGCAUCUUGGUGACAUACCAACCUUCAUAUUCAUUCAGUGUAUCCAUUGAUGUUAAUAUUAACAAUUUCAACUAAAAAACAAGCAAACAUUUUUCUAAGUGUUUCGAGCUGUGAAAUGUCAAUUUCUACAAUUUAGUUUCUAGACAUGCUGUAUAUUUAAUAAACUUUAUGUAAACUUUAAAAUAUUGCACUGCAUUUAUGAAAAAAGCUUUCUUUGCCUCCUGCAGCUAUCUAACGUUUUAUGAAACUGACGCAUGUCCUUCCUUAUUGAGACUAAAAGCUCUCAUUCAGAUUGCUUGAGGUUUGAAAAAGAGGUGUGCUAGCUUUGCUUAGUUUAUUUCUUAUUUUUGCUAUAUAUAUAUAUACAUACAUACAUAUAUAUGAAAAAUAUUAGAAUGUGUGUAUUGGAAAUGCUAUGAUAGGUAUUUUGUGUUUAUCCAAAUGCAAUGAUAGUUUCUUGUAUGAAUGUGCAAGAGGCCUCUGGCAGAAUGUUACAUUUUUACUGUAGUUUAAGAUUAUAAAAGUAGGAAUGCAACAAUUUUCAGUUUUUGGAUAUGUUCUAAAUUAUCGAGAUUUGAUUCAUAGCAGAUAAUCUCUGUUGUUGUUGUGUUUAAGUGGGCUCAUUACACAAUGUAUUAAUUGUCACUGGUGGGAGAAUGUGAAGGAAUUUUGUUACACUUUUAAAAAUAUUACUGUGAUGAAAACUCAGCCCUCUAUUUUCAGAAAAUAUUUAUGAAUUAAUUUACUAUGGAAUUAUCUCUCUAAUUAUUGUAACUGGGUUACAGUUUAAGCCUCUUUUUCUUUUAAAAUGUUAUAUUUUUAAAUAUUAUUACUCUGUAAGAGAAAAUUGCUUGCUAUAUUUACCCUCUCUCCUAGGAAAGCUUUCAUCUUUAAAUUGUUGUAUUCCUACAUUCUGAAGACAUUUAAAACAAGUUUUUGUGCCUGCAGCAGAGCCUGCAGAAGCUAAUACAAGGGACACUGGUCUUUUGACAAAAUACUUGUGUAAAUUUUGAUACUGUAUUAAAACUAUUUUUUUAAAGUUCUGCAUAAAAUUGAGUAUUAAGUAUAUGUGUUCAUCUUAGCAAUGGUAAUAAAUUAUUUAAUCUCA